GUAAAAAUUGAGUCUUGUUGUUAGAGAGGGAGAAGCAGAGAGCUGAGAGAGCAACCUGGGCAUGGAUAGACGACCGCGUCGAUAUCAUUCUUCUUCUUCUUCUUCUUCUUCUUCUUCUUCUUCUCGGGGAUCAAGAUCCCCCUCCUCCGCCGGCAAACUACAACACGGCGCCGUUUCCGAUGUUCCUCCCAUAGUCGGCACCUGCACUCUGAUGUGCCCAGAAGCAGAAAGAGCACAGCGUGAAAGGCUUGGCGAUUUAGCUCCCUUUGAGAGGGUUAAUGCCAAUCCAGCUCUCUCUUCCCCAUCCAUUGCAGUUAAAAAAUUUUGCAGAACUAUGACUUCCAAACAAGUCGAACCGUCGGAUGUUCGGCCGCCGCCUGUGUUGGAGGAGACUUUGGAUUACCUCUUGAAGUUGUUCGAUUCGAGAGACUAUCCUUUUGAAGUGGUUCAUGAAUUCCUCUUCGACCGGACGAGGUCCAUAAGGCAGGAUCUGAGCAUGCAGUGUAUUGUUGGGGAGAAAGCUAUUCACAUGUAUCAGAAAAUGGUUAAGUUUCAUAUAAUUUCUCUUCAUAAGCUUCGAGGUUGCAGCAGUCAAAAUACUUCUCCAAUGCAUCACCUCAAUAUGGAGCAGCUUGCAAAGACCUUGACAUCUCUAUUUAAUCUGUAUGAUGCAAAUCGUCAUUCCAAUUCUACUUAUGAAAACGAGGCUGAGUUUUGUUCCUUUUAUGUGUUACUUCAUCUUGGUUCUCAUAGCCAGCCCAUGGGGGAUUCACUUUCUUGGUGGCUUAGUCACGUGCCUUCUUCGUUAAUCAAGUCAAAGGAAAUGCAGUUUUCCCGAAAGAUUUUACGAUAUUUUCGGAUGGGUAACUAUAAACGUUUCUUAAGUACUGUAUCAGCCGAGGCAUCUUAUCUUCAAUACUGCAUUAUUGAGCCUUAUAUUGAUGAGGUUCGAAUUUUAGCCGUGUCCUGCAUAAAUAGUUGUGGCUACAAGCUUCAUCCAUAUCCUUUGUCGCAUUUAUCCAAAAUCCUGAUUAUGGAGGAAUCAGAUUUGGAAUCUUUUCUCAAAUCCUGUGGUCUUCAAAUUUGCACUGGUGAAGGACAUAAUAUGUUGCUCUCUAAGCAAACAACCUUUUGUCACCCCAAGGAUGGGUCUCAAAACUACAGGUUUUGGGGCAUGGAACAAUUUAAGAGUUAAUGAAACAGACACUAAGGAUUAGAAGCUAAGCAUAACGGGGAAGAAGAUGGAAGAUAUUUUCUGGCUUGGGGAAAAGACUUGUGCUGAAGUAGUCAAUCUACCGUCUUAUUCUGAUUCCUCCAAUUGGAAAUGAUAACAUCAGUAAGCAUUGUUCCUCGGAUGGUGGCGAUGAGUUAAAUUCUAAGCUAGCCAGAUAUGAGGUGCGACAAACUGAUGAUUGUGUGAGUAUCCAUCGGAUAGAUGACCUUACAAAAGAAAGGUUAUGGCACGCAGUUAAGAGGAGAGAAAAAUUACGCCCGAGUUUAAUCUCUCAAGGAAGUAGUUAUUGCUUAAAAGGGAGUAUGUUGGCUUUUAUAUUCAAGUGACUUCAAUAUUCUGACUGAAGGUGUACAUUAUUUCACAUGUGUAUCAGAGGCUAGCAUGAAAGUCUACAUCCUUGCUAUCAUCAAGUGCACUGCUUCUGACUCUUAAUUGAUAGUUUGUGUACCCAUUCUUCUAGAGUAGUCAACCUGCUCUGGCGAUUGCGUCAAGGAAGUUUAAUUAGUUUCUACACCUCGAAUAUAUAGAUGGUAAUCAUUUCAAUGUACUAUAAAAUUGUAUAUGACAACAGUCUUGUUCUUGCCUCAUGGUGAUGUUG